AUGCGCAGUGCAAAACCAGGGAAUCACCUUAGCAUGAGCGACACAGAGGAUACAAACACAAGCAAAGAAGAACAACGCCUGGAAAAGGACAUAGACAAGGAAAUUAACAAGCUAAAAUACUUUUUGGAGGAAACAGACGAAUUGAUUGGAGUACAAGAUUACACAGAAAUAAAAAUAGCCGAGAAACGAGCAGAGAUGAUCAUUGUGGAAUUAUCGGAUCUUGUUGCACCACAGGCGUCCCAUGCUCACGUUAUGUAAAUUUACUUUAUCAUUCGAGAGUCGGUGUCGCAUUACAAGCGACCGUUGAGAUUUUGUAUGAGAAAUAAAAUACUGAGGUCUGCGAUAGCCUGCGAACGACAGACGUUUCUCCUCGCUCAUCGCCGCUGAGGGACGUUUCGCGAGGAGGAAACGCGAAACGUCCCUCAGCGGCGAUGAGCGAGGAGAAACGUCUGCCGUUCGCAGGCUAGGUCUGCGAUCGCUAAAUAUCAUUUUUUUUUUUACUUUUUUUUUGCCUAUGAAAUAAAUAAAGGAGACUUACCUUUGACGUACUGCUGUUUUUUUGGUGCGAAUUCAUCGAUUUAGUUGUUUUUUUGGCUGUUAUUGUGUGACCCUGUCACUCUCCUCACAAUACUAAGUAUUGAAGAGAGUGACAAAAUACGAAAUAUUAUGAAGAAAGUGACAGGGGUCACACAAUAACGGCUAAAAAACCCCGUUUAAAUCGAUGAAUUCACACCAAAAACACUGGAAUACAACAAAGGUAAGUCUUCUUUAUUUAUUUUAGAGAGAAAAAGUAAAAAUAAUGAUACUAAGCGUUCGCAGACCUCAGUAUUUUAUUUCUCAUACAAAGUCUCAACAGUCGGUUGUAAUGCGACACCGACUCUCUUGUGAGAAAGUUAAUUUACAUAACACACUCAUAACGUGAGCUUGGUCAUUAAGGGGACAAAUUACAACAGAGUGAAAGAAUUCUAUGAGAGACUGAACAAAAAACCAUGAUACCAUACAGACCCUGGAGAGGCAGAGAUGCUAAGAGGGUUUGUUAUGACCGUCAUCAAGAAAUUGCCUCACGCAAAGCCUGGCCUUGGGAGGACAGGUGACGACUGGGAGAAAUGUACCAUGACUGACAUGCUCGAUAAUCUGCGGCAGUGGUUGAAAAGACAAGGUCGAUGAUGCACCUUGGGCAUACGUGGACACUGGAGCUGGGAGGGAAUUCAUUACAAGCAAAGCGGCUGAAAGUCACGAAAUACGAGAGAUUCUCACCGUAAACGGCACCAAGAGACCUGACUAGUUCAAUCGAUAAAACCGAUAAUCGAUAACGAUUGAUAAAAUCGAUUAAAAUUAAUUAAUUGUAUCGGAAAUCGAUAGAAAUCGAUCAAGGGAUACGUUGUAAGUAAUCGAUUUUAUCGAACUUAUCAAAUUUAUCGGCGCAAUACGUUUCCACGUAUUUAAGGGCAGCGAAGCAUCAGAACCUCCCGAAAACCAGUCUAACAAAAAAUUACUAUCGUAGGAUAAAUUUAAAGAUUUAUUUCACAAAUAAAAUGUUGAACAAUACGUAACAUAAUCGGUAUUAUACUUAACAUGAUUCAGCGGAGAAACAAAACGUAACAGCUUCUUUUUGCAUUUUACUUAGAAACUAUUCAAGUUAAACACCGUUGAGACAUUGUACGACGGUAGUACAGCGGACGUACAAUUCCGGCCUAUGAGCGAGCGAGAAGGUCUUAAGACGCCCAGAUAAAACAGAUGUAAGCCCCUUAUUAAACGCAUCGGCAAAAACACAGCUUGUUUUUUAAACGCUGUCUCGGAAGAACCGGUAUUUUGCAUUUAAAAGUGAACAAUACACGGUCCUUAAUGAAAACAAUAAAAUCGAUAAAUCGAUAAAUUCAAUACCUUAAAAGAGCCGCGAUGGUUGUGAGUAUCGAUUUCUAUCGAUUGAUCGAUAAAUUUGAUAACGUUUAAAUUUGAAUUAUCGAUAGUUAUCGAUUUAUCGAACGGUUUUCCGAUAUCGGUUUUUAUCGAUUGAAAUGGUCAGGAAAGAGAAAAUCUAUGCCCAUCUUUCACCUCUCAGUUGAGUCACUGGAUGGAAAAGCGAGUGAGAUUCUGGUAACUGGAACGAAGUUGUGAGACUUCACAACGGUACGAAGACCAGACAUAAACAAGUUGAAUAAGCAGUAGGAACAUACCAAAGACAAGAGAUUCUACAAACAGAUUCGAGACGAGUAUCCCAUACACGUGAUUUUAGGAGACAAUACCUGUUGUCGAAUAAGAACCGAAGAAGUAUACAAGGGACAGCCGGGAGAACCAAUUGUGGAAGGAACGACCUUUGGCUGGGUAAUCCAUGGUGGAAACCUCCAGAUAGCAAGAGCUUCGUCAGCAGAGAGUCAAGUGACUAUGAGCGGCUUUACAGCCUCGACGUUUUGGAGGUCAGGGACAGAGGUGAAAACGACAAGCUUGAUGUUUACACGGAGUUAAAAGAGAACAUAGUAAGGGACAACGACGAGGUAAACAUUCCUUGGAUACCGGGAGCAAAACUAGAUGGAACCAAUGAAGAACAAGGCCGGAGACGCUUACAGAACAUGGAUAUCAAACUAGGACAAAAGGAACAAUUGAAGGCUGAAUACAAACACACAUAA